CUCUUUCUCUCCUUCUUUCCCUCCUCUUCUCUUCUUUCUUUGUGCUUUGUUAAUUUGCUAGUUACUGGUCAAAACGACAUAAUAGCCUGAUACUAGCAAAAGACAAAAAGAAAUAUACAGAGGAAAUAAAAUAGCCGGCUACACACACACUGCAAACCAGGGCGGUCAGGCUACCUUAACCUACGGACUCCGGACUUCACCUGGACUUAUAUCCGCCCAAUCGAAGGCGGCGUGACGAACACAAGCAGCCCUCCAAGAAAGUGGUGGCCAUUUGACUAAGGGAAAACGCCAUCUCUUCUUCCUCUCUCUUUUCCUGCUUCUUUUCAUCGAAAUUGAAUAGGAGAAAGAUAGAAAGCUUAGAUUUAUAGAAUUAUUCUUUUUGAAAAUGACCGCUUCGGAAAGGCAGCCUCUGAUGAGUCGCUUCCACUGCGGCAUCACCGCCCCCAAAGCUGCGAAAUGGGCCUCUGCAAUCGUCUCGCGCCGUGAUCCCUCGCGGUUCAUCCCGCAGACCAUCGCCCACCGAGGCUUCAAGGCUUCGUUUCCCGAGAACAGCAUGGCGGGGUUCCGGGCGGCCGUCGAGGUUGGCGCCCAUGCGCUGGAGACGGAUGUGCAUCUUUCCAAGGACGGCGUUGUGGUGUUGUCACAUGACCCUUCGCUCAAACGAUGCUUUGGCGUCGAUCUCCUCAUCAAGGACUGCACCUGGUCCUAUCUAUCCAGCCUUCGUACUCUCAAGGAACCCCAUGAACCGCUACCUCGGCUGGUGGAUUUGCUAGAGUAUCUGGUGUCUGGGCCGGAGACGGAGAAGAUUUGGGUCUUGCUGGAUAUCAAGAUCGACGACAAGCCCGAGGAUCUGCUGCGAGCCGUCGCAUGUACCUUUACAGAAGUAUCAUCCGCAACGCCAUGGGACGAACGCAUCAUUCUCGGAUGCUGGAACGCCACAUUCAUGAAGGCCGCCCUCGCCUUCCUCCCCGGCUUCCCCCUCGCCCACAUCUCAACCUCCCUCUACUACUCCCGCCACUUCCUCCCCAUCCCCAACCUCGGCUUCAACAUGUUCCAGCUCCUCCUCGUCGGGCCCCUCGGCGGCUGGUUCCUCUCAAAGGCCAAAUCCGCCACCCGUCCCGUCUUCGCGUGGACCGUCAACAGUCCCAAGUGGAUGGAGUGGUGCAUUCGCAAAAACAUCCCCAGCACUCCUCCUUCUCUCCCAUCAGCCUCAUCUUCAUCAUCGGCCUCUUCCCUCUCAGUAGACCCUAAACUCGACUCCUCUAUUCCGAACCCAGUCCUCAUUGACGGCGUCAUCACCGACGACCCGAGGCUCUUCCUGCAGGUCUGCUCCCGCGUCGAGGAUGACCUCGACGGCAAGACGAAGUCCUCCUCCGCCGUCACCGGCCGUCCGAAUCUUAGUGUCGUUCUUGGCUCGCUGACUUCCGGGCUUGGUACUACCUGCGGCAUCCUCUUCAUCAACGUCUUCGCCACGAGCUUCUUCUGGUAUAGGCGGCUUCAGGGCAGGGUGGACAAGUUUGACGUUGGCUUUUUCAAGAAUUUCCAGACUUGAAGCGUUCAGGAAAUCCCAAUAUUAGCUAUCCUUUUCAUCUUUUUUUUUUCUUGGUCAAGCGGAUUUGGUUGGAUUGCUGUUAGAAACGAGUUACAUCUUCUCCUUUUUUACAUCCUCUUGUUUUUGGUUCAGAUCCUUAAUGAUCAUUAGACAGACUGCAGACUCAUAUCAGACACAUAGAUAACGCAGGACAUAACGGAACAGCACAUACUUUUUUUCAAGUCAUUCAGAGUUAGGAAUAUACCAUCUACGUUUGUUCUUGUCUAUAUGCCUGACCUCCGCUUGUUCUUCCCCUGAGAAGCUCAACUCAUAAUAAACGCAACCUCCUCUCACUUGGCAGCAAAGGGGGAUACCUGUAGUAAUCCUGCCAAAAAAAAAAAAAAAAAAAAAAAAAA